AUGUUCAAAGAUAGCUUUAAGUAUUACAAAAGUCGAAACCCACCUCCUGAUUUGAAAGAUGUAAUCGAUUUGAAUGGUCCAAAUGGCAGCAAAGUUAUACGGAAGACAUGUGUUGGAGGGAAGUUCCUGAAUGAAAAAUGUGAAUUAGGAUUAAAACCAGUUAAAGAUUGGCAGGUUUAUGAAUUUGUAGGUAUUCCAGGACUCAUCUUUAUAAGAAAUCCGUUUACCACUGCUGGUCAGCGAUAUUGGAUUAUAAAAUGCUUAAAAGACUACUCAAGGAAACCAAGUAAAUUAAAUCUAGAUGCUCAUGAUGUUUUGGAUAACAUUGAAACUUGGUGGGACAUAUGCCUUACCACUAACAAGGCUAAAGAGUUGUUACCAAAGUUGCGUUGGGCAACACUAGGAUAUCAUCAUAACUGGGAUACUAAAUUGUAUUCAGAAGUAUCUAAAACAGAAAUGCCUACUGAAUUGUCACUGCUGACUUUGUAUUUGGCUGAAGCUUUGGACUUUGUGAACUUUAAAGCACAGGCAGCAAUCAUCAAUUACUAUAGGAUGAAUUCAACCUUAGCAGGACAUACUGAUCAUUCUGAAGUUAAUGUUGAUGCACCUUUGUUUUCUAUAAGCUUUGGUCAAACUGCAAUAUUUUUAAUUGGGGGGCAUAAGCAGGAUGAUGCAGCCAAUGCCAUAUAUUUAAGAAGUGGAGACAUAGUAGUAAUGUCUGGAAAAUCACGGUUAAGGUACCAUGGGGUACCUAAAAUUCUACCAGCAACUGUUAUACCAUGGGACCAAGAAGACUCAAAUAAUAAUGAGGAGCAGCAUUGUAAAUACCUACCUGAUGACUGGAACAAAGCAAAGGUCUAUAUUUCUCAAGCUAGAAUAAAUAUGAAUGUAAGACAAGUACUGAAACCUGGACAGUCAGCCUUGUUAUAAAUUAUUGUUCAGAGUCUUUGUGUACAGUUUUAUUAAAAAUACUUAUAUCAAUUA